UGAUUAUCGCAUCCGCACUCUUUCCCUCUCGUCUUCUUCGCGCGGACUGCUGUCCGUUCCGUUGCCCUCCUUGCGAUUCCCUUCAAUGGCGAAGGUCUCCAUCAACCUCAACGAGAAGAUCCCCUCCGAGGAAGAUGAAGUCUACAAUCCAACCGAGGACUCGAUCGUUGGUUCCUCCGAUCCUUCCCCGGUCACCGGAACCGUGACAGAUCACGCCGUUGUUGAAGCUUCUGUUGAACCAUCGCCGGCCCCUUCUCACGGCAGCUCGGGUAAGGCGCUCAAAGAAGCUGAGGCAACGAAGAGCACCGUGGCUGUGAUAGGGUCGCAGGCUGCGAAUGGUAGCGCCGCUCCUGUCGACGAGAUACGGCGGAAGAUUCGACGUGCCGAGCGGUUUGGUGUUCCCGUUCAGCUGUCUGAGGGGGAUAAGCGCAAUUCUCGAGCUGAAAGGUUUGGCACUGGUUCUGGCAUGAAGAAACCUGAAGGUCUGAAUAAGUCAGAGGAGCUGAAGCGGAAGGCUAGAGCUGAGAGGUUUGGCAUUUCCGUAUCUGAAGCUAUGAAUGAGGAAGAGAAGAAGAAAGCUCAGCUGGCAAGAUUUUCUUCAAAUGCAACUGUUUCCAGUGAGGAAGAGAAGAGGAAAGCAAGGGCAAUCAGAUUCUCAAAUAUCCCCAGUCCCAUUGCACAAGCGAAUAGCAAAGCAGCUGUUGCAGGCGGUGCCAGUGGAGGAGCAUGAGGAGCAAUUGCUCUCCAUUUCUUCUUUUCUUGUUAUUUUCUUCUUAAUAGUGUAGGGUUCUUAGUCUAAUCUGCAACUGACCAUCAAUGCAUGGGCAAUUCCAUAACAUGACCAACUGGACAGUGACUUUCCUGCAGGGGUUUGGACCAAAAUGAUGGACAUGCACGUGAAUAUGCUAGUUACCUGGUAAGAUCUUUGGUCUGUAACUGAUGCCUCCGGUGCUAACUCAUCCUGAUUUACUGAGAAAAGUAGGAAUUAUGAUUUAUAGCCUGAGUAAUUUUGCUGGUAUCAUUUGGAGCUCUCCUCUCAGAUUGCGCCACUCAAUAUGUAUGGAAAGCGAUAGCCUCUCGUAUCCAAUAUUAGUGAAUCUGGGGUAUGCCAUUAGCAUCAUCAAUGUAUUGUCUGAAUCAUUUUAUCCAGGCUCAGGGCUGCAGUACGCUUUGUCAUCCACCAAACCAAAUUACUCUUUUGGCAAUUUCAGUUGAACUAACAUUUUUCACUCAAACGUCCUCUUACUCAUGUUAGUUUUUCAGACUGAGUCAUCUGUUAGUUUCUUAGGACUGUGCUCGAUCUAAGAUUACCUACAGAUUGAGAUUAUUGCUGAUUGAACAUUGGAGUUAUUCACAUGCUUGCAUAUGAUCAUUCUUUUCUUGUUCUAGAGACUUUUGUUGAGUAUGACAGGUUUUUUUAAGUCAAACUUGCAAUUUAAGAAGCUUUGAUAGUUAUGAUAUUUGCAUAUCCAUGUUAUCUCUCGUUGGUUGCAUGUUUUCCCUAAAUGUCGAAGUAUAGACAGUGCACAGUCAAGGUACUGUAUGACUUGUAGUUGUGGUUGCUUUUUCAUGUUUCCUUGACUAAAGGAGCAAUGUCAUCAUCCGGAAAAAUGUUGAUACAUGGUAGACAUGCAAGUCAUCAUUUCCUGUCAGUGGACGAUCAUUCUCAGGGGAAUAAUCUGAAGGUAGAAAGCCAAUUGUGUCAGUCGCUUCAGAACAUUGGUUUGUGAUUUUAGGUUUUUGAUGAGCACGAUGAUUUUAUAAACUGCAUUGCAAGGAUGAGUUAGCACUUGGGAAGGCCAUUGUUACAUUCUGCAGGUCUCACUCGGUGAAUCUUACAAUCAGCAGAUGUGUGGUGUGGAUAUUGUAGAGACUGGAUUGGUUGACAUAUGUAGAUAUGUUUUAUCUCGUGUCUCUUGUUUCUUUCGGCAGAACUCUUUCUAUGGAUACAAUGUAGAAGGUUGUGCUUGUUGCCCUGCCUGUUAUGAUUGCUCAUCAUAUGUAAUCUAAGUUUCACAUCUGUUGGAAGGCUUGUGAUGUUUUGGUCCUUUGUUCGAUCUCUUUUCACUGUUCCAAAGAACUAUCAUUCACUUAUUUAUGAAGAUUAAGUGACAAUAA